CCUGAUACUCCUUGAUACUCCUCCUUCUAAUUGCCUUUCUCGGGCAAGAAAUCCCUUUCUCUGAAAAGUGUUUCACGUUUCAUCGCUAACUCUCUCUAGAGCACUUCAGCAGGCUUAGUUAUUAACUAAAUAUCCACAUAAACGCUUAAACUUAAUCAAUAGUGAGAUAUUCAGAGAACCAGAUAAGUAGAGCGUGAAUUGUGAACCUCAAAGAAGGGGUGUGCUUGCGGCUUUCGCAAAUAUACGGAGUGCAGUUUAGCUUUGAGCUAACGUCAGUUAGCCAUUUAGCCAGGUAACAUCGCUCGACACAUACUGCCAAUAAGUAAAAGCAUGCUAAGGUGGCGAGGCUGGUAGGAUGAAGAGCCCGGCGCACCGCAGCAGGGACAUCGAGAGGCACGCCGGCUACCUGCGCCCAGAGCACUGUGCCCCUCCGCCCCAGCUGGGCCCCUCGGGCGCCAUGUGGUUCAUCCGCGACGGCUGUGGCAUCGUGUGCGGCGUCAUCACCUGGAUGCUCGUGCUCUUCGCCGAGUUCGUGGUGCUCUUCGUCAUGCUCAUGCCAGCGCGGAGCGUGCUCUACAGCCUGGUCAACGGCGUGCUCUUCAACACCCUCGCUGUCCUCGCCCUCGGCUCCCACUUCAAGGCCAUGUGCACGGACCCGGGAGCAGUGCCCAAAGGAAACGCCACCAAAGAGUUCAUAGAGAGCUUACAGCUGAAGCCGGGGCAGGUGGUCUACAAGUGCCCCAAGUGCUGCAGCAUCAAGCCAGACAGAGCACACCACUGCAGCGUGUGUAAGCGCUGCAUCCGGAAGAUGGACCACCAUUGCCCCUGGGUGAACAACUGUGUGGGAGAAAGCAACCAGAAGUAUUUUGUACUCUUCACUAUGUACAUUGCACUGAUAUCGCUGCACUCACUCAUCAUGGCGGCCUUCCAUUUCGUCUUCUGCUUCGAGCGGGACUGGAACAAUCCCCCCCACCUGACCCCAGCGUGCAGCACCUUCUCGCCUCCGGCCACUGUCAUCCUCCUCAUCCUCCUGUGCUUUGAGGGCCUCCUCUUCCUCAUCUUCACCUCCGUGAUGUUCGGCACACAGGUUCACUCCAUCUGUAGCGAUGAGACCGGCAUAGAGCAGUUGAAAAAGGAGGAAAGACGAUGGGCCAAAAAGUCAAAGUGGAUGAACCUGAAGGUGGUGUUUGGCCACCCCUUUUCUAUAUCCUGGCUCAGUCCCUUUGCCAAACCCGACCACGGGAAAGCUGAGCCCUACCAGUACGUUGUCUGACACAGGACCACCUGUUGCUCUGGUUGAACCCCGGCGCAAGUGCCCUGGGUGGUGUGGCGCGGCGCAGCGCGCAUUGAUGAUGCGUAAUGGACAGCGCCUCCACAGCACCAGCCUGCUCACCAAGCAGACCCUUCUCAGCAGGAGAAGACUUUCCAGAACUUUUUUUUAACUACUUCUUAAUUUUUGUAUUUCUUUUUCCCCCCGUAAUGGUCAUCUCGUAGACAAAAAAAAAGCCAGAGUUGCCCAGAGAUUUAACACAAAUCUGCCAAUAGAAUUGUUGAUAGAAAUACAAAAUAACCUUCAAUUUGUUUUCUUUUCUUGAUCCUGUCGGCUAUUUUAAGCUGAGAUGCUCCUCUCCUUAUUCUCCAACCCUGAUGAUCAUCUAUAGCUAGUAACAAUGGCACCUUACUACUACCUGUCUACACUCGACUAACACGACUAUAGUCCUUCAAGCUGAGCCACUUCACGUUUUCUUUUUUUUUUUUUUUCUCUUCUUCAAUCAAUGGAAGUGCACUCAAAAUGACAGCAGAGGAGGGCCAGUACUAGCAAACCAAAGCACAUGUCUCUCGCUGAUGGAUGCUCCAGAGUCUUAGCCUCAAAGUGUUUAGCUUUGUAGUGCAAUGCAUAGACCAACUAGAGUCGCUCCACAAGACUAAUG